AUGGAUGGCUCCCUCCAACUCAUUGCUUUGCCUUGUUGGUCUUGCUUUUCUCCAACUUUUCCUUUCCGCCCAAUCUACUCUCUCUACGGCAUAUCGACCCAGACCCAGACUCAGACAGAUACCAACCAAACCACCCACCAUUCUCCUUUUUCCUCUAACUCCUCUCAUCUGCGACAAAUAAUAAUAAUAACACCUACUAGUAGUUUCAGCCCGCAGGCACCAGUCAACUUUCUUGACAAAAUUAGAAAGAAGGAAGGAAGGACGAGAAAGAGCGAGCAAAAUAAUCGCGCAACUGCCGCCUCUUCCAGGGAAAGCAAAGCAAAAAAAGCAGCCUUACAACCACAACUGUAA